AUGCCCCCGAUUCGCGUGCUCAACGUGGCAGAGAAGCCGUCGGUGGCGCGUGAGAUCACGCGGCACCUCGGCGGGGCAAACGUGCAAAGGCGGCAAAACCAUGGCGCCUGGGUCGCGGAGUUUCCCUUCACCCUGCAGCAGACUCCUUGCAAGAUGCUGGUCACCGCAGUCCGGGGACAUCUGCUUGAGGUGGACUUCACCUCGCAGUACAAGUCUUGGCAAGAGAGUGAUCCCGUCUGCCUUUUCCAGGCCCCGGUGGAGAGGAAGGCCAACAAAGGCUGCGAAGACUUGGCUCUGAUGUUGCAGGAUUUGGCGCGGCAGUGUCAGUGGCUGGUCUUGUGGUUAGAUUGUGACCGCGAAGGUGAGGCCAUCUGCUUCGAGGUCAUGGAGACCUGUCAGCAAGCCGCGGGCGGGCGACUGCGCGUGCUGCGGGCCGUCUUCUCGGCGCUGACGCACCAGGAUCUUUCCACCGCCUGCCAGAUGCUGCGCGCCCCCGACCGGCGCAUGGCGGAUGCCGUGGAGGCCCGGCAGCUCUUCGACCUGCGCGCGGGCUCGGCCUUCACUCGGUGGAUGUCGCUGCGCUACCAGGAGAUGUUCCCUGAACUUCGCGCCGAGACGGUCAGCUACGGCCCCUGCCAGUUCCCCACCUUGGGCUUCGUCGUGGAGCGGUUUCUGCGCAUCCAGCGCUUUGUGCCCGAACCGUUUUGGACCAUCAAAGCCGAGGUUCAGAGGGAGGGGAGGAACCUCCCUUUCAACUGGCGGCGCUUUCGCCUCUUCGACCGCCUGGCAACGCUGGCCCUCUUUGAGAUGGUCGUGGAGGAGUCACCCAGGGGAGCCUUGGUGGUCAACGUGUUCGAAGAGCCGAAGACCCGCUGGAGGCCAUUGCCACUGAACACCGUGGAGAUGACGAAGCUGGCCGCAUCGAAGCUCCGCAUGUCUCCUCAGCGGUGCAUGCAGGUGGCAGAAGCCAUCUACCAGCAAGGCUUUAUCUCCUAUCCGCGUACCGAGACGGACCGCUUCCAGUCCACCAUCGACGUGCGUGGCCUGGUGCAGGUGCAAGCUGGCUCCAGUGUCUGGGGGGCCUAUGUUGGGAGCCUGCUGGCUGGGCGCUUCACAUCUCCACGCGCGGGCCCGCACGACGACCACGCACACCCGCCCAUUCACCCGGUGCGUUGCUGUGAGAGGGGAGAGCUCGGCCCAGAGGAGUGGUCUGUCUAUGAGCUGGUGACCAGGCACUUCCUGGCUUGUUGCUCACCCGAUGCGCGGGGUAGCCGAACGGAAGUGGAGAUCUCUUGCGCAGGGGAGAGCUUUGUGAAGGCAGGGGUGGUAGUUCGUGACCGCGGCUGGUUGGAUGUGUACCCGUACUCCAACUGGGUUGAGGAUGUGCUCCCCCAGUUUCAAGUAAACGAGGUGGUGGCAUUUUCCGCCCUGGAGAUGGUCGAAUCUUCUACACAGCCUCCCCAACUCUUGAGCGAAGCGGAGCUGAUUGGGAUCAUGGACAGGGAGAAGAUCGGCACCGACGCGACCAUGCAUGACCACAUCCAGAAGAUCCAGACUCGCACCUAUGCCACGAAGAACGCAGAUGGCCGGCUGGAGCCAAGCCGCCUGGGCAUCGCUUUGGUGGAAGGGUACCAGCGCUUCGCGGUGGAGGAAGGCAUGGACCUCUCGAAGCCCGUGCUCCGCGCCUCCAUGGAGCGAGGCAUGGAGGCCAUCGCCGCCGGGCGCCUCGGCCGCGAGGACUUCCUGCGCGAGGCCCUGGACGUGGCGCAGCGCUGCUACGCGGCGCUGGAGCGCAACGCGCCGGCGCUGGAUGCGGCGCUGGGCCAGCACUUCACGGGCCGCAACGAGCUGGGCCGCCGCGCGCCCAUCCUGCAGCCGGGCUUCUCGCAGUGCCGCUGCGGCGCCCCCUUGGACCUGCGGUGCCACCAGGAGGUGGGCGAGGGCGAGGGCGAGGACGAGCGGGAGCAGCUGGAGCUCGAGGCAGGGCCAGAGGAAGAGCACGAGGAGGUCGAGGGGCUCGUGCGCGGGGCAGAGAUGGAAGAGGAAGGGGAGGAAGAGGGCCCGUUGUUCGGGAAGGUGCUGACCCCCUUUGCUCACCGAUGUCCCAUUUGCAACUUCCAAGUGGUUCACGUUCGGAAUCAAGAGACGGCGAAGGAUCACAAGCUGCCUACCGGUCGACCUGCCUACCCACAGGCCUACCUACCGGUAGGUGCGCGCAUCCUGCCUGUGCGCUCGCAGGCGGAAGGAGGCAGCCAGUUGCGCCGCCGGCAUUCGCUGCACCUGUGGCGCCUGUGGCGCCUGCUGCAAUGGCAGGCUUUUGAGCUUUUGCCUGGACCCGAAGAACCGGAGAGCUCUGCCGUCCGGGCACAGGCCGCCUCCCUACGCGCGUAUCUCAAAGAUCAGAUGCCCGAGGACGAGUUUCGCACCGUGCACGCGCUCGUGUGCGCCUCUGGCGAGGUCAGCGCCCCGGAGUUGCAGCAGCGCGUGCACGAAGUGCUUGGGGCAGAGAAGGCCCCGGAGUUGCUCACACUUUUCCAGCUGCUCUGCUUCCUGGAGAACGUCUCGGCGGGGAGAGUGUGGAUAUCUCUUGUGCUGGAUAUGGGCCCGAGGUGUCCGGACAACUCGCCCCCGCCCCGGGGGCCUUCUAUGGUGCUGUUUACUUACGCUGAUGGAGCUGGGACCCUGGUCUUCCUCCUCUCCUUCUGGUGCGCUCUGCCAGUUCUGAAGUCCAAAGCCGAGGGGCGGUGA